AUGGAGGAUGAGCAACACUUGAUCGACUUUCAACUCUCGCACAAGAGCUACAUCGCCGAGUUGUGGAUAUAUGGAAUUGGUGUCUUUCUCGGGACGAUCGCUGUCAUCGUGACCGCCAGGCGGCUUUAUGGACAACGCAGGAAUAACUUUGUAAUUGCUGCUCGUUUAAUGUCCUAUAAAGUCUCACUAACAAUCGCCGAUCUCAUCAUUUUAUUCAUCUACGCACCCACACAAUUCAUCUGGAUAAGCACAUUUUAUUGGUAUGGCGGUGAUUUCAUGUGUCGAGCUUAUAAAUUCAUCAUGACUUUUGGCUUUCAUUUGACAGCGAAUAUGCAGGUGCUGAUAGCUCUGGAUCGCCUCUACAUCACAAGUCGACUCAAUCAUGUGACGAAUGUGAGAAAGAAUAGUGGACAGGGAAGGUUUACUCGCUAUGGUCACAAUGCGUACAUCGUUUUUGCCUAUCUUCUCGCUUUCUCUUGUGCUCUUCCACAACUCUUCGUCUUUCAAUUGACCCAACUCGAGAAUGGGAGUACUCAAUGUACAAGUGUUUGGACUCUUGCUCGAAAAGUCUACUAUCAAGAGAAAGCUGAAUAUUUUAUGAAAGAAUUGGAAAGAAGCGGGAAAUAUAAUUUGGACAUUAAAUUGACAGAAAGUGAAGAUCACUCAGCCAGACGCUCAUCAUUAAUCAUUUCCUUUGAUGGUCGUAGUACAAUCUCUUCCGAUUGCGCCACAGCUCCACUUGUCUCCGAUUCAACGCGAUGUCACUCAUCAAAUACGAAUCCAAACUCCGAACGAUCUACUCACAGCACGUCUCCCGGUCUACUUCUAUCAGUGCAAAAUGUUUUAUACAAAUAUAAAAGGGGAAGUGUUGCCACUCCUGGCCCUCUUCGACCAGGAUGGAUCAAGAAUUUGAAUGAAAAGCGACGAGCAUCGUGUCCAGAAAGUGUGCAUAAAGAUGUGAAACCAUGGAUGAAUACAGUGGCGGUGGCGAGAAGGAAUACAAGGAGAAAGGCUUUCUGGAUGUUGACUCUCAACCUGAUCUUCUGGGCUCCUUACUGUAUUCUCGGAAUUGUCACAGCUGUCACCGUCUUCGAGAAUUACAUUCAUUUUCAAUUUGUUUGCGCUUUAUUAGUUUUCAAUGCUGUCACAAAUAUCCUUUUG